CAUUUCUGGAUUUCCUUUCCUGCUCCACUUGUCUGCCCCUAUAACGUCAACUCUCGUUCUGUCAUCGUCACUACUCUCCCUAGACUUCUCAUACUCUCCCGUCAUGGAAUCCCAUUUCCCUAACGGCUGCAUCCUCAGCAGAUAUGAGAGAAAGAUUCUAUGUGUGCAAAAUCAUGAAUACCUGAUAGAACGCGUUCUCUCUGAAAAGUAUGUCCCUGAGUUUGUUCAAAGAGUUGCUGUUUUCGAGGCGAAGAAAACAGACAAUCAGGAAAAAGUGAUCCUAAAGCUUCGUUUUGAAAUGGACCCUAGGCCGAUCCUCGAAUCGGACAGACCCACCAUACUGGAGAUGGCGGAAGAUUGGUUCAAGGAAGAAGUUCACUGUUUAGAGAGUUGCCAAACUGAAAAUCAUGCAACGCCCAUACUCUACGGCAAAGACGAGCUAAUUCAAGCAGAUCCGAGUGAUCUAUAUCCUGGAGGUUACUUGCACGCCAUCGCAAUGUCGAAAGUUCCCGGAUCCCCUGUUACUACUUUCUCUAAGUUCAGCAAGAAGGAGAUCAAUACCAUUCGCCAGCAACUUGCAGGAAUACUCGAACACAUGCGUCAGCGAGGAUGGUACUACGACUUCCCUAGCAAAGACCAUCUAUUUUUUGAACGAGGAUCAAUGCACACGUCUCUGGUGGGGUUCUCUGGUAUCACGCCAGAUGAUCCCGAUGAAAUCGAGCCUAUAACCGAAAAUUCAUUUGCAGUUAGGGCUUUCGGUUUGGCAGGGUUGCCGUGUGGCAGGAGAUAAAUCAGGAACUGUCUUCUGUUCGUCAAUUGAAUCUCACUUCUUGUGUUCCUAUAGGAAAGGGCUGGCACUUUCUGUAUCUGGUUUGAUAACCGAUGCAUUCUAGCGGUGAACAUGAGUGCUAGUUAAUGAUAUAAUGCAAUAUUCGAAACGAAAAAGG